GAUUACCGGGAGUCCCAGUUUCGUUGUUUCGUGUUAUCGGUAGAGUGAUACCGUUGCGUUUCAUCACGAGAUAGUUCUUCGUCUUACAGUUGCAGUCGUCGUUGUCGUUAUUGUUUGUUUACUGAUAGCAGUAGAGUAGUUAUUGUUGUUGUUGAGGUCGUGUUUCGGGUCGGCCCGGGUCUGUUUUGGGUCGCGGACCCGUGGCGGGUAUAUUUUCGCGUGUGAGUGUAGGCGCUCUGGAAGGCGCACCCGCCGGCAAACUGGCAGCCAGUGCUUUAGCCGCAAUGAACCCCCAUUAUCACCCCUACGGUGGUCCGGAGCUGACGUCUCCGCAUCCGCCCUCGCCGGACAACAACAACUACCACUCUGGACAUCCACCGUCCGGACCUCCACAUAUGCACCCCACAAAUGGACACACAAUGGGACCCAUAAGUCACCAGGGUCCGCACGAUCAACACCCGCACCAUCACCACCCGGCAUUCAGCAGCGACGGCGGCGCCCCAGCCCCCACAUCACUGCAUCAUCCUCACCACACCGUAAACAAUAACAAUAAUACCGUCAAAGUGUGCGCAGGAUGCGGCGGGAAAAUAGUCGAGCGAUUCCUGCUGCACGCCCUGGACCGCUACUGGCACAACGGAUGUUUAAAAUGCUCGUGUUGUGGGAUCCUUCUCGCAGACAUCGGCAGGUCGUGCUUCACGAAGGGCGGCAUGAUAUUAUGUAAACAGGAUUACAUGAGCUCCCGCAGGAUGUUCGGAAAUUCGGGAGCGUGCUCGGCGUGCGGGCUGACGAUUCCGGCUAGCGAGUUAGUGAUGAGGUCUGGAGGCCCAUCACCACAGCAGCCUGGUGCACCUCCGCACGUCUUCCAUCUGAAGUGCUUCGCGUGCAGCAAGUGCGGCGCCCUUCUGUCCCCUGGAGAUAGGUACUACAUGCUGGCAGGAAGUCUAAUUUGCGAACAGGACUGGCACAAACUGCUCAAGAGCUCGGCAACAACGACGGUCCGCAAAGGCAAAGUCGGAAGACCUCGCAGGAGCAGAGAUUGAAUAUCACUUCCCUCCUCAGCCGCGUCCGAGGGCUACGAAGGUCAGUCUCUUUAAGCAAGCAACACAGAUUAAGAACCCAGAACAACAACAAAAAAAAACAACUAAGAAAGAAAAAAGAUCUUAAAGCAAGAAACAAUACAAAUCUAUUAUAUGAAUAAAUUUUAAAAUAUUACGAUUUGUGAAUUGAAAAUUGUUUGAUGAAUCCAACGUGUCUGACUCGAUCGAUGACGAUUAUUAAAAAAAAAACACUUGACAAUUGUUAUAUUAUAUU